AUGGUUAUAAUGAAAGUUAUUUGGCUACUAUGCAUUUCGACACUUUUGUUAAUGUCGGUAGUUUCAGGGCAAUUUCAAGGAAAACAAGGAAAAAAUCCAGAACAGGCGGACGAAGUACCAAAAACUUAUCAAUUAAGAACCACCGAUGAUAUGACACUUUUUGUUGAAGAAAGAGGAGAUGUUUCUAAUCCAACGAUAAUUUUUACACAUGGAUAUUUUACAAGUAGAUUAGCGUGGGACACAACAUUUACAUCGAAUCGACUGAAUAAUUAUCAUUUAGUAAGAUGGGAUUUACGUGGCAUGGGAGACAGUAGCAAAGACACCGAUGUAGAUAAAUAUAAUAAUCUAGAUUUGUAUGCUAAUGAUGUCAAAUUAAUAGUUGAUGAUGUUUUAACAAAAAAGGGAAAUACGCAAAACAAUCAAAUUUUUUUAGUUACUUGGGGUACCGGAUCUAUUGCUACCUUAUCAUAUUUUAGAAAUUUCACAGGAGAUAAAAUUAGUGGAUACGUUAAUGUCGGGAACAAUUUCCAAAGUUUUAAAGAGGAUAAUAUUUUUACUGAAUAUAGCAGGGUCACUAUUGGUGGUGUUGUUACUAGCGAAACAUAUAUGCUUAUCUUGGAUUCACUUAAAAAUUUAUUUAAUAGAUUUACUUCCACAAAUAAUCCAUUCCCUCCAUCAACCCUUAGUUUCUUUAUAGGAAUUGGUGCAUAUGCUCCUACAGAGUCUCGUCUCGCUUAUGGACAGCUUGAUUAUGAUUUUACAGGAACAUUUACCAAUCUUACGAUUCCAACAUUAAGCAUAUAUGGUGAUGACGAUCAAAUUGUUAAUCCUGAACAUAGCAAAAGCGUUGCUGAAUUACGACCUAAUGAUGUUGUGCAGGUAUAUCCAGGUAUUGGGCAUGUUCCUAUGUGGGAAGUUCCUGAAAGAUUCGAAAAUGAUUUAGAUCGUUGGAUUGGUUCCAUUGUCAAUCCAAAAAAUAACAAUAAAGAACCUAAUGAAACACAACCAAAACAACCAAAUAAACCGAAGCAACCUAAACGACGACGAUGA